AUGGCGACGUUGGGGAGUGGUGUUGUUCUUCAUCUCCCUCCAAUGGUGUUAACCUCCUCGAUUUCGAAACCAUUUCUUCCAAACCCGAUCGACCGUACUAAAUCCCCGAUCAAGUCGUCGUCGUUAAAGGAUUGCAAAACCAUCGACGAACUCAAGAUGUUUCAUCGCUCGCUCGCGAAGCAAGGUCUUGACAGCGACGCCUCGUCUAUAACCAAGCUCGUAUCCCGAAGCUGCGAAUUGGGUACUCGUGAAAGCCUGAGCUUUGCCAGAGAAGUGUUCGAUCACUCAGUCGAAAACGGCCAAUCGUAUAGAUCUUGUUUCAUCUACAACUCCUUGAUUCGUGGAUACGCAUCUUCUGGGUUAUGCGACGAAGCCUUGUCGCUCUUCCUUCGAAUGGUAAUCGCCGGAAUUUCACCGGACAAGUACACGUUCCCGUUCGGAUUAAGCGCGUGCGCGAAAAGCAGAGCGAAUCGUGACGGGAUUCAGAUUCACGGGCUGAUCGUGAAGAUGGAUUACGCUGGAGAUUUGUUUGUGCAGAACUCGCUCGUCCAUUUCUACGCAGAGUGUGGAGAGCUCGAUUGUGCACGGAAGGUGUUCGAUAAAAUGCUCGAGAGAAAUGUAGUUUCUUGGACUAGCAUGAUUUGCGGCUACGCGAGGCGUGAUUUUGCGAAAGACGCUGUUGAUUUGUUUUUCCAGAUGAUGAGAAGCAGCGACGGUGUGAAGCCUAAUUCGGUGACGAUGGUGUGCGUGAUAUCUGCUUGUGCUAAGCUUGAGGAUCUUGAGACAUGUGAGAAAGUUUAUGACUUUAUCCGAAAUUCUGGCGUUGAAGUGAAUGAUCUUAUGGUGAGUGCUUUGGUUGAUAUGUACAUGAAGUGCAAUGGUGAUGAUGCAGCAAGGAAGCUUUAUGACCAAUACGGUGGUGGGAAUCUGGAUUUGUGCAAUGCCAUGGCGUCGAAUUACGUACGGAAAGGGUUAACGAAAGAGGCUUUAGGGGUUUUGAAUCUAAUGAUGGGGUCUGGUGUUAGACCUGAUAGGAUUUCGAUGUUGAGUGCGAUUUCGUCUUGUUCACAACAGAGGAAUCUCUUGUGGGGGAAGAGUUGUCAUGGAUUUGUGUUAAGGAAUGGGUUUGAGAGUUGGGAUAAUAUAUGCAAUGCACUGAUUGAUAUGUACAUGAAGUGUUGCAGGAGAGACUCUGCGUUUAAGAUCUUUGACCGGAUGUUGAAAAAGACAGUGGUCUCGUGGAAUACGGUAGUCGCUGGGUAUGUAGAGAAUGGUGAGGUGGAUGCAGCUUGGGAAACGUUUAAAGCCAUGCCUGAGAAGAACAUUGUUUCUUGGAACACGAUCAUUGGAGCUUUGGUGCAGGCAAGUAUGUUUGAGGAAGCGGUUGAAGUAUUCAGGUCUAUGCAAAGGGAAGAUGGUGUGGAUGCGGAUGGAGUGACGAUGAUGAGUAUUGCAUCUGCUUGUGGGCAUUUGGGAGCUCUUGAUCUUGCCAAAUGGGUGUAUUACUACAUUGAGAAGAACGGAAUCGAGAUUGAUGUCAAACUCGGUACAAGUUUAGUAGAUAUGUUUUCUCGGUGUGGUGAUCCUGGAAGCGCAAUGUCGAUCUUCGAUGGUUUGAGUAACAGAGAUGUCUCGGCUUGGACUGCUGCUAUAAGAGCAAUGGCUAUGGCAGGAAAUGGAAACAGAGCAAUAGAGCUUCUCAGUGAGAUGAUUGAACAAGGGAUGAAACCAGAUGGAGUUGUCUUUGUUGGAGCUUUGACAGCUUGUAGCCAUGGUGGAUUGGUCCAGCAAGGUAAAGAAAUCUUCGAUUCGAUGGAGAGAGUUCACGGAGUUUCUCCUGAAGAUGUUCACUAUGGAUGCAUGGUUGAUCUGCUUGGUCGAGCUGGAUUGUUAGAGGAAGCUCUGCAGCUGAUAGAGUCUAUGCCUAUGGAGCCAAACGAUGUGAUUUGGAACUCUCUUUUAGCUGCUUGUCGUGUUCAGGGCAACGUGGAGAUGGCGGCUUAUGCAGCUGAGAGGAUACAAGUCUUGGCACCAGAGAGGACUGGGAGUUACGUUCUUCUGUCAAACGUCUACGCAUCAGCUGGAAGAUGGAACGAUGUGGCGAAAGUGAGGAUGAGUAUGAAGGAGAAAGGGUUACGUAAAUCUCCAGGGACAAGUUUGAUACAGAUUCAAGGGAAGACUCAUGAGUUCACAUCAGGGGACGAGUCACACCCUGAGAUGUUAAAAAUCGAAGCAAUGCUCGAUGAGAUUAGCGAGUUAGGCCAUGUACCGGAUCUUGGUAACGUUCUGAUGGAUGUGGAUGAGGAAGAGAAGAGGUUUAUGCUUAGCAGACACGGCGAGAAGCUUGCAAUGGCGUUUGGGUUGAUCAGCUCAAAGAAAGGCACAACGAUCCGGAUUGUGAAGAAUCUUAGAGUUUGCUCUGAUUGUCACUCGUUUGCAAAGUUAGCUUCGAGAGUGUAUAACAGAGAGAUCGUUCUAAGAGACAAUAACCGGUUUCAUUUCAUCCGCCAUGGGAAGUGCUCUUGCAAUGACUUCUGGUGA